AUGCUGCACCGAGCGGUGGCCACUGGGAACAGCCAAGAGGUGGAACGGGCAUUGCGGGUGAAUCCAGGGGCCUGCAAUCACAUUGAUCCCGCUUCGGGCGAAGCGCCGUUGCACAUCGCUGCACGCUUGGGACAGGAUGGAAUCGUGCGACGGCUGCUUCGCUGCGGAGCCUCAAAGGACAUGCCGAUGCAUGACCAUCUCAAUGCCACGCCUCUGCAUUUGGCUGCAGCCUUUGGUUGCCAACAGGUUGUUGAGGUCCUAUUGGAGGCCAGAGCAGAUCCCACUUUUGUUGAUUCCCAAGGCCUUGUAGCUGCGCGCUAUGCAGAGGCCCGCGGCCAUACACACCUGGCGCAGCUUCUGGACGAUGCACGACACAAAGCUGGCGACUUCGACCUUUCGGACAUUGGCCGCAUGACAGCCAGGGGCAUCAGCGAGGUUGCGGACAGUGUCCGAAGUGCUUUUGAGGGCAUCGGCAGCUGGAGAUUGGGCCGCACAGAGGUUGGCUUUGAUGGAGGAUCCAUGAAUGUCUUUGGAGAGAGCGAGCAGCCAGCCCCUGCAGCUGCUCCAGCUGCGGCUCCAUUCCCUGCGCCAGAAGCAGCGCCAGACCCAGCGCCGGUGGAUCCAGCGACCCAGAUGUUGUACAAGAUCCAGCAACAGGUCAUGGAGCUGGAGAAACAGGCAGCACAUGACCAUUUGCGUGGUGCGCGAGCCUGGGAUGAUGAAUUGACGAAGGCCGCGGAAGCUCUGGAUGACCUUUCGUUAGCGCCUGGCAGCGAGGCACGGCAGGCACGCAAGGCGCUGAUCGAGCGGAUCGAGUGGCUCGGCGAUGACGACGGGUUUUGGCUGAGCAUUUUUGGGGAGGAAAAAAAGGGGGUGAAAUUUGAUGGUGAAUCAAUGAAUAUCACUGCUAAAUGUUAA